UUUGAUGGAUAGGGAUGACGACGUACCUAAAACUUAAGUAUAUAAAAAUUUGUUCAGAAAAAAAUAAACUGACUUAGUCUUCUAUUUGCGUUUUUAUUAUAUUCAAGUUAAAAGUAAUGUUUACGGAUGUGUUUAUCAAAUAGUGGAUAAUAUUUUUAAGCUUUACAUAGUUUGUUUCUAGACUAAAAAAACCAAAUACGCGUUUGAACAUUUAAAUGUAUUUCGAUAUGGCCCGUGUUAUUUUGUUGUUCUGCUUUAUCUUGGUAUUUGAGAGGGGCGUAUUUGGAGUUCAGUUGUCUAUUACUAAUGAUGGGCCAGCAGUGCGUGGUUCUUACAUAACAUUUGUAGCGUCUGUGACUGACUUUGUGACAGGGGAAAGCCUUAAAUUUUCCUUUUGGGAUGACGCUCAACCACAGCAUACUGCACAAUUUGUACAAUCUUCACCUAUUUCAAAUUGGAGUGUGGAGUAUCCUCGAUCUAUAUAUGAAGCUGGUGAUUAUAGUGCUAAAGUAAUGCUGUUGAAGAGUUUUGUAGGAAUUUGGUAUCCAGUGGCCACAGCUGUUACUAAAUUUAAAUUAACAGAUUCACUCAAUGGAAAUUUAGUUUUGAGCCAGAAUAAUGAAGUAAGACCAAACACUUUUGUCAUGGUUAAUCGCACUGUAAUCCACCGCAUACAAUUACCUGAUAAGGAAUUGGACUUUUUAAAGAGGAAUUCUUCAACAAUUGUUACAUAUUGGUUUAAAGACUGUUCCUACAUAGAUCAGACUACAGAUUUCACCCUCAAUUACACAUAUACAGAUUUGAUGAAUGAUCAUUAUAUUGAAGCGAUGGUGGUUGCAAAUAAUGAGCCUCUUCAACCUAUCACAACUACUACUUCUACCACCACUACGACUACUACUACAACUACUACUACAACUACCACUACAACUACCACUACAACAACCACUACACCCAAACCUGUAAUUCCGUUAGCAACGGCACCAUCGCAAAUCAUUACGGAAAGUCACGCAUCAAGUAAUAAUCAAAUGCUGCCUACCCAUAAGUUAGUAAGACGGGCAUUGUCAAACAAAACUGUGAAAAAAAAUAAUUCCUAUAAAGAUUACAUAUGUCAUAAUACCAGUAUUGUACCUAUAGGCAAAAAUUAUACAUAUGGAUAUUAUCAAGAGACCAUUAGUGUUAGAGAACCAAUCUCCGUAAUUAAUAUUACGGGUAAGAAUUGGCUCCAGCAUGGGGACCUGUUAAACUUGCUCGUUAUGUAUACAGGCUCACCGCCCUUCGAUUACUGUGUAUUGUACAAACUUGGACAAUACAACAUUACAGGCAACGAAACUUGCAGUACAAAGACUAGGACAUUGUCAAACACAUUCCCAUUGGUCCAUUAUUUCUCAGAUAGCGACCAACAUACAGUUGUAGUGGUGAUUGAAAAUGAUAUUGGAAAAACUGCUUCUAGAGCAACUAUUAAUAUCUACAAAGCUUCAGUUCAUGCACAGUUGUCGGUUAUUGUGGUACCUGUGGUGUUUUGUUUGCUCGCUGUCAUAUUGGUGGUGUUCGGCAUAGCAUAUUACCAACACAGGUCCAGAUACACAGUUGAAGUAGCAGACUUCGAUUUUGGCCAAGCUCACCUAGACUAUAAAACCUUUAUGGAGAGACUGAGGGAUAGUUUCAGAAAUGCUUUUAAAUUCCGACAACAGGACGACACCGACCCCCUUACCACAAAUACUAGAUAUGAUUCCAUGACGUAGAGACAAUAUUCAACGUAAGAGGAAUGGGAAUUUAUGAUCUGCUAUGGUGGUAUGUGAAAGGCUUUGAGGUAUGCAUGUAUUAGUCCAUUUCUAAUCAAUUUUUUGAUAUUGAAGGAUUAUGAAAAUCAUGUUCGUGGAUAAAGUACUUUCAAAAUUGUAACGGCCAUUCCAAUUUAUCACUAGAGCAUUUAUGCGAGUUAGAUGUAAGUUUUGAACCGAUAUAUUAUAAAGGCGAUGUGUGUUAAAUAUUUAUUUUAUUUCUCAAAAAGCCAAAACACAAAAACGUUAUCUGACUGAAUGAUACUUCAAUUUUUAUUUAAUCAUAUUAUAAUUAUGUUCCUUUGAUAAUAUUGUUUGGAGCGAGUCCCUACUUGUCCGAGUCGUACAAAAGUAGGAAUUAUACUGUAAGAUAUUGUAAAAUAUUUCAUUAAUUAUUGGCUUUAAAUUAAUUAUUAUAUUUAAUUAAUCAAAAGAGGAUAUUUUGACAUUGUUAUUAAGUCUUAGUUUUAAUGUUAGUGGUUUUAUGUAAUAAAUAUUGUGUGUAUUUUUUUUUUUUAUAAUAGACUGAUGAAUUUUUGGAACCGACUUGAUUAUGUAUACUAUUCUAUGUUUAAUUUUGCGCAUAGUAAUUAAUAAACCUUUUUAUACACUUUCAAUUGAUAAUAAUUGGUUUCGGUGUUUAGAUAUAUUUUAUACAAUUUAUACUUAUUUCAAUAUGUUAUAUGAUGGUGUACUUUUCAAUCCUGGAUGUCGAUUUGUAUGAAUGUAUGGGAUGUAUCAGCACUUUUGUAUAAUGCAUUGUCUAAAAUUAUUUUACAAUUCAUUUAAAGCGAAUAUAGGUAUUUCAUUUAUUUUUGAUUGCUGAAGGAAAGUAAUGCAUGAUAUACGAGGUAUUAUAUCAGCCAUUUUGAUACAAAUAAGUGGUACCAUUGUGAAAUUUAUAAUCUGCCAUUGUGUAAUUUAUAAAAUGUAGAAAACACCUUUUCUAAUGUCUUUUUGUCUAAAUAAAAAUAUUUUUACUUUAUAAAAAUAAAAAUUAAAAGAGACAUUUCUUUUAAUUACAUAAUAAAUAAAAUUUAAUUAUAAUACAAACUUAAUUGAUUAUUUAUAUCAAAGCAACAUUUUUGGCUGUUUUAUUUUUAAAUUAAAUUUGAUAAAAAGGCAUGUUAAGAUUGUUUUCUAAUUAUGUCCAGUGAGAAAAACAGAUUAUACUUAUUACCUGUUUACUAUAGACUGAAUUCAAUAAAUUUGUUUGUAAAGAUUACAAAUUGUUAGUAUUGAUUACAAAAGCAUCUAAAAGGGGUUGCGUAGAUAAUACAGUCGGUUCCGCUGAAAUGAAAUUAGGCCCAGUAAAAUUUACACAACAUAAAUAGUUUAUAAAUGGUAGUUUUAAAGUAAAUACUAUUUACGCUUUGGUAGAAUUUUACUCUUAAAACGUUGUUUUAGUAAAUUUGUAAAUUGGGUCUGAAGGAGUCUAUGUUUGAUCAAACUGACAAGAAAGAGAUUCACUGUUAAUAAAGCCGCUUUAUUAUCUGCGGAGCUCCUUAAUUAGAAUGAGUAUAGUGACAGAAGGUUGCACAUUGUACGUAGUCACACUCAUAGGUACAAAAUAUGAGUAUGUACAUUAUAAUCAUUAUAUAAUUAUUAAUGCCAACGUAGUUAUACUUUGCUACAAAAAUCAAUUUUGUUAAUGUAUUAUUUUUUCUGAAAUUGUGUUAGUAAUGUCAUUAUGAGAACUGUUGUAGUACAACAAAAUAUCAUACUAAUUAUGAUAAUUUAAUACUGUAGAUAAAUAUUUGUGUUUAGGUGGCCAUUUUGUAGGAAAUUUACUCUAAACAUUUAAAACAUAAUAGUACAAGUAUUUAUAAAGUCUUAGCUUCUUUUCUGUGACUACUGCAAAUACUAUCUAAUCGCAUGUGCAAAGGCAAAAAUAACGAAUUAGUCCUGCGUCAUUGUCAAUUUGGUAGGAAAUUUUCACGUAGUUUUGGGAAAUAUCUCUUUAAACAGUUGUACGGCGCGGUCCUACACAAGUAGCAAACGAAUCUAUCUAUAAAAUGAUUUCAGCUACCGCAUGCAUAAUAGAACGAGACAGUAACGCCCGUCUUAUUUUUUCUCAUACGUAUGCUAAGGAUAAUAUUUUUUAAUAGAAGAAAAUGAAAUGAUGCACUUGCCUAUGUUAAUGGUAUACAAUAGUGGAGGACGAAACGAUGAAUUCGAAGGCAUGUCAGUUGGCCAAUCUUGGCGUGGAGAUUGACUUGAUAGGGUACUUCAAACAAAUUAAAUUAAAUUUUCAACGAUAACAUUAUACUAAUUGAUUUAACAGACGUUGUUCUAUCAAGAGUAGACCGUUUACGCAAAAUAGUUUUUAUGGGAAAAAGAAAAAUGGCCCUUUCACAUAUUUCUGGACAGUUUUUCAAAUAUAAAAAAAUGUCGAAUGAGUCUAGUCGUUUUCAAACUUUGCGUUUAGUAACACAUUUAGCGAUUAAUUUUUAAUUUAUAUACAUAGAUUCAUUAUGUCACUUGUCUAGGACUGGGGGAGAUUCGUUUACAUGUCGUUAAGAGACUUCGUAAAUAGUAUUCAUAACUACAUAAUAGCAUAUUUGCUAUUACGACUAUGUAAUCUCUCGAUAGAAUGAACAUAAUAAUAAUGAAUCAUUUCAUAUCAGUCACUAUUCCUAUAAUACGUAAAAGUCAUAGUUGUUGCAACAAAAUAUGAUAGUGCUUAUCAAAAUAAUAUGUACCUAGUAACUUGACAAACAUUUUUAUUAUAUACCUACAGUAUUUGAAUAUUUUUAUUUACCGACAUAAACUUAAGUUUAGGGAAUGUAUACAGUAAGGCCUAUGAUGUAUCAAAGAAAAAGGCAAGUCAUGUUUUGUGAUAUCCUAGGAUUAGAUUUGCAUCAUACAACAAAUAAGUUUCGAUAUGUAGCGUGGAGAUGCGUUGCAUUGUAAAAGAAUAAAGAGACGGACAUUUAUAAAGUUCAUAGAGAGGCAUAGUAGUGCCCACAAUGUACAGAACAGGAAUGAAUGAUUUAAUCUAGUUACAAUAAAAACGUUAUACUUUC